UUGCUGCUUGGGUCAUCACCAGGAAAAAAGUAGAAAGAAAAUGUUAGUAGUAGUUGUAGUAACAAGAAGCCGGCCGCCGGCUGAUCACGAGUGGAAGUCAUCCUCGGGGCGAAGGAGUUUCAUUCAUGAGAUAAGUCCGACUAUCCGGCACAUUGUUGGAAGAGACGGGAUGCAGUGAAAAUCGCAUCCCGUGCUGCUCCGCACACGCGAAUAAAAAUUGUAUAAUCAAAUUAGAAAAACAAAUUAUUGGUGCACUUGCGGGUUACCGAACCAAGUAUAAUUUGCAAUCUGCAAACCAAACCCUGUUGUGUAUUAUUGAAGUCUCGUUACAAUCCAAGUACAAAGCAACAUCGUUUUAGUUCUAGUCAAAAUAUAUAGUUUAUUUAUUUUGAAUGCAAGAAUACAAAAGACGAUGAUUGGAGUGAUAUCGUAUGGCAAUCGGAAGCGCAGCUCGAACUGUUUCAACGGUAAGCAUCGCUGGGUAUCGGAAGGACGCUCGAAUGGAGGAAAACGUUCGAGGAAGGCACGAAAUAGUCAAACCGGCAACCGUCCGGCGACGGCUGCGGCCCCUAGCAGUAGUAGAGGUGUUUGCCACGAGAGAGCGCCCCUAGCUCUGGUAGACUGUGAUCGCACCCGGGUAGUAAAAUCAACUGUGGCAAAGCGAAGAAAGCAGCGCCACCAAAAGGCGGACCCGACAACCGUUAGACGUCUUCAUUUGGCAGUGACAGCAGCAGAAGGAGAGAGCUGCAAAAAACAAGACCAAGACCAAAAAAUAUCAUCAAGAUCGACAAGUUUGGCAAGUUUGUCGGCCGAUGGUGGUGGUGUUGAAGAAGCAGCAGCGGUUGCUAGUGGUGAAAUGUGCGAAAAUAAUCCCGUUCCGUCCGGUGGCGGAGGAUCGGGCAGGAAACGGGGUCACCAGCAUCAUCCGAGAUUCGGGGGCAACAGGAAAUCGAACGUUCCAGCGGAGGAAGUGAUUGCAGCCCUGAGAGGAGCCAUCGAUUGCGGUGGCAUCAAUGCUAGCGGAAUAAUAAUUGGCGGAGGAGGAAUCGGAACAGCAGGCAGUAUUAGUAGCAGCUCGUCGUCGUCGUCACUGGCCCUGCUCGGGAUCGGUGGCAACAAUAAUGGCAGCAGCGGGCUGGUAAACACAGACAAUGACGAGAAUGGCAAUCUUUGUCAGAAUGUCACCGAAGGGGACGGCAAACUGCAAUCGCCAAUGGCAAUCGACGAUGAGAAUGGCAGCGACGAUGAUGAUGUUGAUGAUCUUGUAAAUAAUAAUAGCUCCAUUGUUGUUGGCCAGGAUCUGAACCAGGAAGCAGUAGCGGCAGACCCUCACCCAGAUAGUAAAAGUAAAAGCAUACCACGGUUGGCUGAGAAUGACGAGCUUAUCGUCGAGGAACCAAAACAACAACGACAAAGCAAUAGUCUAGUAGUUAGUAGUGACCUAAACAAUAGCAGCGGCAGCAUACCCAAAAGCAAGCUAAUAGUGAUAGACUACGAGAAGGAGCAGCAGAACCAUGAGGGAAGCAAAAGUCCGUCGGAAAUCAAGCUGGAGGAACCGUCCAGCGGUCAGGAGCUAGUCAAACAAAUUAACAAAAAGCUUAAGCGCAGUAAAAAGAGUCCGUCCUCGGAUGAUUCCAGCAGCACAGCGGCAACGACGACGAGCAGCCGGAAAAAGUCAUCCGGCAGCAGUAAAAAAUCUUCUAAAACCACCACCAACGCCGAUGGCAGCACGAAGCAGCGGAAAAAGGUUCGCUCCUCGACGGCGGCAUCGGGGGACAUCUCGAAGCUGGAACGGGCUUCCGGAGACGGUGCGGCCAACGAAGACGAUCACAUACCAACCGGGCUGGACGAGGCGGAUCCGGAUGCAGCCGAGUGGGCCAAACUGCGUUGCACCAGCGAGCGGACCGAGGUCAUCGCCGAGCGAGAACACCGGAGGCAGAAGCGGUGCGCCGACUACCCGGGACUGGCCUUCGGACGAUCCAUCUUCAGCUCCGACACCAUGAUGAAAUUCAACAUCAUCCGGAACGAACUGCAUAACAUCAUGAAAACACAGUUGAAACGGGUAAGUUUUUCCAACGAUUUCUAA